GGGAAGUGAAUAAUUCUUCUAUAAGCGUCUAUAUUCUUUGAUGGGCAAAUACAAAUAAUAUUGUUUUGAUAUUUUUUCAAUAUUUUUAUUCAGUUUAUAUUUGUGAGCUAUGGAAUUUAAAAUUGAAAUUAAGGACGAGUUUAUUGAAACUGAUCACAGCUUAGAUAAUGAAAAAGUGAUUCUACUCUCAUCGUCUAAGGACCAAACAGGUCACUUUUUCACAUCGACAGAUCUUGGAGUCUUGAAAAAUGAACCAGCAGAAAAUAAAUCAGCUAUGGGAGUAAAAAUUGAAAUUGAUGAGUUUGUUGAAAAGGGCCAAAGAUAUACAGAAAAUCAGUUAUUCACACCACCAUAUCUUGGUAAUUUGAAGAAUUUACCAGAUGAAGAUAAUUCAGAUUUUUCCCAGAAGAACGGAAAAGAAUUUAUGAAAAACAUACCUGACUAUAUAUGUAACAAAGGACAAGAAUUAGGCCUACACUUUGAAGAAACCACAUCAAAUAAUUUGAUUUCUUCUAAAUCUUACAGGUGUGAAAUUUGUUUUACGCAGUUUCCUAAAAAACAAACGUUAAAAACACAUAUGAGAGUCCAUACUGGGGAAAAUCCGUACAAGUGUGAAAUUUGUUGUAAGCAAUUUACCUUAUCAAUUUAUUUAAAAAAGCAUUUGAAAUUACAUACUGGAGAAAAGCCGUACAACUGUGAAAUUUGUUUUAAGCAAUUUGUUGUAGCACAUAAUUUGAAACAACAUAUGAGAACACACACUGGAGAAAAGCCGUACAACUGUGAAAUUUGUUUUAAGCAAUUUGUUGUAGCACAUAAUUUAAAACUGCAUAUGAGAACACACACUGGAGAAAAGCCGUACGAGUGUGAAAUUUGUUUUAAGCAGUUUAGUGUAGCACAGGUUUUGAAACAUCAUAUGAGAACGCACACUGGAGAAAAACCUUACAAGUGUGAAAUUUGUUGUAAGCAGUUUUCUCACAAACAAAAUGUGGAAAGACAUAUGAGACUUCACACUGGAGAAAGACCUUACAAGUGUGAAAUUUGUUUGAAGCAAUUUAGUGAAACAAGUCCUUUAAAAAAACAUUUAAGAAUGCACAGAGGAGAAAAACCUUAUAAGUGUGAAAUUUGUUUUAAGCAAUUUAGUGGAGCAAGUGGUUUAAAACAACAUAUAAGAACGCACACUGGGGAAAAACCUUACGAGUGUAAAAUUUGUUAUAAGCAACUUACUGGAGCAACCACUUUAAAACAGCAUUUGAGAUUACACACUGAAGAAAAGCCGUACGAGUGUGAAAUUUGUUUUAAGCAGUUUAGUGUAGCAAGUGGUUUAAAACAACAUAUAAGAACGCACACUGGAGAAAAACCUUACGAGUGUAAAAUUUGUUGUAAGCAGUUUUCUCACAAACAUAAUGUAGAAAGACAUAUGAGACUUCACACUGGAGAGACCUUACAAGUGUGAUAUUUGUUUGAAGCAGUUUAAUGAAAUAAGUCCUUUUAAAAAACAUUUAAGAAUACACAGAGGAGAAAAACCUUACAAGUGUGAAAUUUGUUUUAAGCAAUGUAUUCAAGCAACUGGUUUACAACAACAUAUGAGAACGCACACUGGGGAAAAACCUUAUGAGUGUAAAAUUUAUUGUAAGCAGUUUUCUUAGAAACAACACAUCCAAAAACACAUGAUAGUACACACUGAGAAAAACCUCUAUUGUUGAAUUCUAUUAAACCUCUAUUAAAGAUGUGAAAUUUGUUUAAAAGACACGGCGCCAAGUUGAAUGCUCUAUCUGUGUUCAUGUUGCUGUGUUAGUAGUUUGAGUUCUAUUAAUAAUGAAAUUUUAAAUAACAUGGAGAAGUCAAUAUUAGCUGUAAGAAAAACUCGAUUGAACCCAUUACUUCCAUUUCAGCGAGGUAUAAUUAUAUCGAUACGUUAUAACCAACUUUUUGUUGAUUUAAAAAACGACUUUGAUGUAAAAUAUAUAUUAACUUAUAAUCUUAAUCAAAACCCUCUAGAAGGACUAUCUUCAAUUUGAAGAGCAAUAGGUGGUCUACAUGAAACAUGAUGAUCCAACUGCUAGGGAGUAUAAGUAUAGAUUGAGCAACUAUAUAAUGGGUAGAAAUGAUGAAAAAUUAUUUCAACACCUGGAAACGUAGAUCAUGCAUUAGAUUCUGCAAAUAUUACUAUUACCAAUGUAAUUAUUUGUGAAAUUGUCACUGAAGAGAUGUUUUCCUCACUAAACCUGCAUACUGGUGAUACAGAAAUUGACAUUGAAGAUUUAUUCAGUUGAUAAUCAUCAAUAUUUUAUUACUCCGGAUAUAAAAGAUCUGAAGUCCUGGAUGGAUUGGAAAAUUUAGCCGGUUUCAUUACAUUUAAGUUACAAAAAAAAGAAAUACUUGGGCCAUAUUCAUGACGCUAAUAAAUCGUUUACUCUGAUAAACCACGUUUCUGAGGGUGGUUUACUCAAACAAACUCUGUGUAACUAAAUGUAGUGAACUGGAACAUACUUUUCGUAAUUAUAGUUGCAACAUAUUAAAAAUAUCUAAAAAUUAUUUGAAACCCCUAAUAGAAGCCGCAAAACAUGUAAAUGUACUUAAGUGAAGACGUAAAAUUGCUUUUUUUAAAUAUAAAAUGUAUUGUAAAAUACGGAUGCUAUGCAUUAUAUAUUUAAUUUAUGUCUUGUAGCAAUAUUUAUUUUGUUUGUAAUAUACACAAUCAAACUGU